CCGGGCUCCUCGCGGGGUCAGGGGCCGGGCCGGGCGGGGGUGUGGGCCACAGCGCUGCCCACCGCGGCCCGCCUCCUCCCCGGGCUAUAAAAGUGCUGCCUGAGCGCUCAGGGUAUCGCCAGCUGCGCGCCGAGCUGUCGGGUCGGACGCGGGCAGCCAGCGCGCCUGGGCGAGGAAGAUGCUGCCGAUCGGGAAGACCGCGAAACAAGGCAAAAGGGGUAUUCUAGAGCGCUUAGAUGCUGGAGAAAUUGUAAUUGGAGAUGGAGGAUUUGUCUUUGCUCUUGAAAAGAGGGGAUACGUAAAAGCUGGGCCUUGGACUCCUGAAGCAACGGUAGAACACCCAGAAGCAGUUCGUCAGCUUCACAGGGAAUUCCUCAGAGCUGGAUCCAAUGUUCUGCAGACAUUCACCUUUUAUGCCAGUGAGGACAAACUAGAGAACAGGGGCAAUUAUGUAGCUGAGAAAAUAAGUUGCCAGAAAGUGAAUGAAGCUGCUUGUGACAUUGCAAGAGAAGUGGCCAAUGAAGGUGAUGCUUUAGUGGCUGGAGGAGUCAGUCAAACACCAUCAUACUUAAGCUGCAAGGAUAAAACGGAGGUUAAAGCAGCCUUUAGAAAGCAACUAGAUGUCUUUAUGAAGAAGAAUGUGGACUUCCUAAUUGCAGAGUAUUUUGAACAUGUUGAAGAGGCUGUCUGGGCAGUUGAAGUUUUGAAGGAAUCUGGAAAGCCAGUUGCAGCUACAAUGUGCAUUGGUCCAGAAGGAGACAUGCAUGGUGUGCCCCCUGGACAAUGUGCUGUCCAACUGGUAAAGGCUGGUGCUUCUAUUGUUGGAGUCAACUGCCAUUUUGAUCCAGAUACUUCCCUGCAAACUGUGAAACUGAUGAAAGAGGGUUUGCAGGCUGCUAAACUGAAAGCCCACCUGAUGUCCCAGCCACUUGCUUUCCAUACACCUGAUUGUGGAAAGCAGGGUUUUAUUGAUCUUCCAGAAUUUCCCUUUGGUCUGGAGCCAAGAAUUGUAACCAGAUGGGAUAUUCAAAAAUAUGCAAGAAAGGCCUAUGACUUAGGAAUUCGUUACAUUGGAGGUUGCUGUGGAUUUGAGCCAUAUCACAUCCGAGCAAUAGCUGAGGAGCUGGCUCCUGAAAGAGGGUUUUUUCCAGAAGCUUCUGAGAAACAUGGUAGAUGGGGCGAUAGCCUGAGCAUGCAUACCAAGCCCUGGGUCAGAGCAAGGGCACGAAAAGAAUACUGGGAGAAUCUGAAGCCUGCUUCAGGCAGGCCAUACUGUCCUUCAAUGUCAAAGCCAGAUGGCUGGGGAGUGACCAAAGGAGCCAGGGAGCUGAUGCAACAGAAAGAAGCAACAAGUGAACAACAGCUGAAGGAGCUCUUCCAGAAACAAAAGUUCUAAUCCACUGCAGUUGUGUAAAUUGGGUAGACAUUGCAAUGUGUAAUGAUUUAUCUGCACACCAUCUCAUGCUUCAUGAGAAAAUCUGUGAAAAUGAGUACCCUGUUGAUUUAUCAGUUAACAUCCAAUGAAAGAGACAAAAUGCAGAAAGCAUAUGAUUACAGAUUAAAUAUGUCAAACUUUGAUGAUAAAAUCUUUCUCUGGACGAAUAGUUUAGAGAAUACACAGUCAGAAGGAGAUUUGGAUUCUCAUAGUAAUUGAGCUUCUGUUAGCUAGGUGCCAUUAAUUGAGUAGACACAGAAAUACAUGGAAAGUAAUAAUUAGCUCAACCCACAUGUGAAAAAAGAAAAAGCCAUCUAUAAAUAUAUAUCAGUGGA